AUGGAGGUCGCUUUAUGUGCUUCGGAUUUUCCCCCUUUGGGUCAGUCGUCUGGUGGCCCUCCUACCUUGAUUCAGAAAAACUGGACCAAGGUUUUUGCUCCUGAGGGUAGUGCUCCAAAAGCCUUCCAAUUUACUCAUCAUCCAUCUGAGCCUGAAAUCAUCCCCUUCUUCGGUGAGAAUCUGAGCAAAGGUGGUGAAGAUUGGACUUUUUGCCUGCUUGGCUACUCGAUUGGGCGCAGACCAUACUAUGAAGCUCUGUUAGGGGCCAUAAACAAGACAUGGAGCUUAAAAGGUUCGCUGAAGCUGCUUUCUCUUAAUGAUGGAUUUUUCUUGCUUAAAUUCACUUGCCAAGAAGAUUUUGACAUGGUAUGGUCAAGGGGAGUUUGGUUCCUGUUAGGGAAGCCAUUUGUACUACAAAAAUGGCAUCCCAAGUUCACUCCUAAGAAGGAAGAGUUUUCGUCCGUUCCGAUCUGGGUGAAGACCCACGAUUUACCCCUUGCAUGCUGGAAUUCGGAGGGUAUCUCCCGCAUAGCCAGCAAGAUCGGUGUUCCGGUGGCUGCAGACAAGCUCACAGAAGAAAAAUCGCGGCUUACUUAUGCUCGUAUAUGUGUUCUAGUGGACAAUAAAGCCACCUAUCCGGAAGAGAUACAUGUUUCGUUAGAUGGAGAUGUUGUUAGUUUGCAUGUUCAAUAUGAAUGGCGUCCUCAUCCUUGCGAACAUUGUAAGUCUCUCAUGCACUUCUCUGUUUCUUGUCCGAAAAAGAUAAACUCUACGGAGGAUGUCUCAACUAAGCAAAUCAAUGGUACCCGUGGAAGGAGCUAUAGCAGGAAUGCUCGUAACAGAAACAAUUCUAGAAGUAUGAACUAUUCUAGGCCUCCUACAUCUUCUGCUGCUAAUCACUCUGUCCACAAUAACACCGCCCAAACUUCAAGUCCCGAUAAUCCCCCAAUUACUAAUGCAAUAGGUCAACCUUUGCAUUAUCAGCCGCACUCUCCUACCUCUCAAAAUCUGCCUUCCAAAAUAGAUACUGUUAUUGGGGACAUUCCUUCUAGCAAUAUGUUGUUAAAGGAAGAUGCCAUUGUAUCGGGUAUCCCCAACCUGAACUCUCCAAAUGAAGCCAUUUCUACUUCCUCUACCACAUUAUCUUUAAAAUCCACUACGCAGUCAAAAGAUAUAAUCUCUCCUAAUAAAUUUGAUGCCCUUUCUCUUGAGGAAGACAAUAAUCAGCAGUCUGAAGAUGUUGAAGAAAUGAACCAAAAACAGAGCUCCUCUGUUGGAGGGAAAUCCCAAAAGAUGGAAAAGGCUAAACAGCCUCAAGCUAGUGCGGUAUCUAAAAAACCUGUUAGGGGGAAACAGAACAAAAAACCCCCUCCUCAUUCGUAUUCAUAA